GCGGCGAGUGGGAACGCGUAGCUUAGGAACAAGAAGUGUCCGGUUGUAGCGACUACAUACUGAUUCUUUUUUCUAUGUUUUUAGAGGCUCGGUGUCCGGUGUUUGACUGUUCUCAGCCGCGUGUCCGAGGUUGCUGGUUCCAUUCUGUGUUUGAGCCGUGAAGCAGCAGGAUGCCAGGGAAAAGCGGUGACUGCUUCAAACCAGGAGACCUGGUGUUCGCCAAGAUGAAGGGCUUCCCUCACUGGCCUGCCAGGAUCUGUAAGUCAGAGGACAGCCACAAGAAGCGAGUCCCAGUCUUCUUCUUCGGGACCCAUCAGAUAGGUCACAUCCCUCCACAGAACAUCAUUCCUUAUGUGGGCAACAAGAUGAAGUACGGCAGCGGCGUUCGCAUCAGAGGCUUCGCUGAAGGCAUGUGGGAGAUCCAGAAUACACCUGGUGUCGGGAGCAAACUCAAAACACCAUCAAAGACCAGCACACAAACUACACCUCCUACACCAACAUCCUCCACUAAAGCAGCGCCUGCUAAACAAACUAAUGACAAAGCUAAAGAUAUGCCUGCUAAAUCAGCCCCCAGUAAAGGUGCCCCUGCAGCAGCCGACAGUAAACCAGCUGCUGGCAGAAGUACUCCAAGCAAAGUUACAGCUAAAACAAAAGCUGCUGCUAAAACUCCUACAAGAGCUUCUUUAAGAUCUGCUCCUCAGAAAGCCACGGAGUCCAAACAGAAAGAUGUCGGUGCUCCAGAAAUGACAACGGGAAAUGCAGAUUCAAAGGAAACAGCAAGCGGUGUGCCGCAUACAGACAGGAGUACACCGGAGACUGCCACUGGUACUACUAGUGCAAACAAAGAGGCUGAUGCUGAGCCACGCAGGAAGAGGCUCCCCGCUGGUCCUGCUGAGCCCGCUCCAGCCAGUAAGAAGUUGAAGACGAGAGCAACAACACAGGCUCGGAUACAAACAUCCCAGAACGACAGAGGACAGGAAGAACCGAAGGAAGAGAAGAAGCCAUCUGAGAGCCAGGGAGUCAAGAGGAAGAGAGAAGAGAAGGAGACAGCAAAGAAGAUGACAGAGGAGAUAAGAGAGGAGCAGGAGUCAUCAGAGAGCCGAAGAAUGAAAAGAAAGGAAGAGGAGGAAGGGAAGCAGAAGAAAACAGGCCAAGAUGAAGGUGUGGAAGACAAGAAAGACAUGACGACAAAAGAGAAAGAGGAGGAGAAGCCGGCAGAAAGCCAAAGGAGGAAGACUAGGAAAGCUGAGGAGGAGAAAACCAAACAGGAUGGGAAAGAAGGAAACAAAGAGGAGAGGAUGAGAAGAGAAGCAAAGUUAGACAGUGAAGGAACAAAGAGGACGAGAGAAAAGGAGGCACAGGAGAACAGGAAGCAGGAAGUUACAGAAGGGAAGAAAGAAGUGACGAGAAGAGGGGAGAGCCAAAGAGCAAAGAGGAAGAGAGAUGAGAAGGAGGUGCAGAAGAAAACACAGCAACAUGAAGGUGUGGAAGGGAAGAAAGAAGAAGUAAAGGAGAUGACAACUGGAGGAAAAUCAGAGACUGCAAGGACAAGGAGAGACAAGGAGGAGGAAACAAAGGACGCAGGUGAGGAAGGAAAGACAGAAGAAGUAAAGAAGGAGAUGACAACUGGAGGAAAAUCAGAGACUGCAAGGACAAGGAGAGACAAGGAGGAGGAAACAAAGGACGCAGGUGAGGAAGGAAAGACAGAAGAAGUAAAGAAGGAGAUGACAACUGGAGGAAAAUCAGAGACUGCAAGGACAAGGAGAGACAAGGAGGAGGAAACAAAGGACGCAGGUGAGGAAGGAAAGACAGAAGAAGUAAAGAAGGAGAUGACAACUGGAGGAAAAUCAGAGACUGCAAGGACAAGGAGAGACAAGGAGGAGGAAACAAAGGACGCAGGUGAGGAAGGAAAGACAGAAGAAGUAAAGAAGGAGAUGACAACUGGAGGAAAAUCAGAGACUGCAAGGACAAGGAGAGACAAGGAGGAGGAAACAAAGGACGCAGGUGAGGAAGGAAAGACAGAAGAAGUAAAGAAGGAGAUGACAACUGGAGGAAAAUCAGAGACUGCAAGGACAAGGAGAGACAAGGAGGAGGAAACAAAGGACGCAGGUGAGGAAGGAAAGACAGAAGAAGUAAAGAAGGAGAUGACAACUGGAGGAAAAUCAGAGACUGCAAGGACAAGGAGAGACAAGGAGGAGGAAACAAAGGACGCAGGUGAGGAAGGAAAGACAGAAGAAGUAAAGAAGGAGAUGACAACUGGAGGAAAAUCAGAGACUGCAAGGACAAGGAGAGACAAGGAGGAGGAAACAAAGGACACAAGUGAGGAAGGAAAGAAAGAAGAGACAAAACAGAAGAUGACAGAGGAAAAGAAGAAGAAAGAAGGCAGUUCUGUGGAUGAAGAGCGACAGCGCCACCUGGCAGCCAAGAAGGACCGUUUGUUGAAAUCUCUACUAGGUCUGCUGAAGUCCGGGAGAGGAGUGAGGAGGAGGGAGGCGACGAAGAGCACUCCGAAAGCUUGCAGUGCAGUGAAGAAGAACACGGAGGUCAAAAAGAGAGGAAGUGUGAAGACAGAGAGAGAAUCAUCUGUCAGCAGCAGUAAAUCAGGAACCAAGGCCUCCACCAAGAAGAUGGCUGGCAAGAAAAGGAGAGAGAAGGAAGGCAAGAACGAUUCCAAAGAGAAAGAAGGUGCUAAGGAGGAAAGACGGGGUGAGGGGAAGCUGUCCAGCCAGAAGAUGACAGGGGAGGGAAAAAAGGAUGAACUGAAGAAAACAGAAAAAACAAACCAGAGCAACAAGACCACGAGUAAAGCACCAGAUGACAUGAAGACAAAAGAAAAGGAGAGCGGGCAGAAGAACAAAGACAAGAUGAAGACCGAGGCAGAGAAAGGAGAAGAGGAGAGGAGCGCCGAAGCAAAGCAGCCGAAAGACGAAGAAAAGAAGGACGACAGAAAAAUCAUUGGAAAAAUUGUGAAAGCGUCGGCCACACAGGGAACUAAGGUCCAACUGAAGACGAUGAUGGGAGGAAUGACGAUGGCGGCAGAGCAAAAGAAGACGGAAGAAAAGGUGGGCAGCCUAAACAAGGUAGAAGAGGAGAAGAAGAAAAGUUCAGAAAAAGUGAAGGAGACCGAGAGAGAGAAGAAACCUGAAGAGAGAAAUCUGGAAAGAAGCUCGGAUAAGGAGAGGAAAUCUGAACGAACGAGGGCAGUGAUAGAGGACAAAAAAGACAAGAGCGCAAAGGAGAAGAAGAGCCAGGAGCAGAAGAAAUGUGAGGAAGAUGAGGUGACAGCAAAAAAGGCUGAAGAGGAGAAAAAGGCACAGAAGGUAACAGCAAAAUUGCAAGAGAAGAAGAGUGAAAUGGAGGUGGAGAAAAUUAAAGCGGGACAAAAGAAGAAGGAGAAAAAGAGUGAGAAACCUGACAAAGACUCACAGGGAAAGAAAGACGGCAACACUACGACAGACAAAACAAAAAAAACUGAGCCGGUGCAAGAGCGCAGCAAAGAUACGAAACCUCAGAAGAAGAGUGACAAGACGACAGACACACCACGAGCAGAGGCUAAGUCGGAGGAACAGGGGAAGGUGGGCAACACAAGCACAGAAGAAGCAAGUACUACAAAGUGCGAUCCCUCAGAUGGAGGGAAGGCGGAGCCAAGGCAGCAGAAGAGUUCGACUAUGACGCUGACGGACUCGACGCUGCACAGAAUCCACGGAGACAUCAGGAUUGCACUCAAGACCGACAACCCUGACAUCAGUAAGUGUCUGGCGGCGUUGGAUCAGCUCAAUAUGGUUUAUGUGACGUCUCAACACAUUCAGAGACACAGCGAGCUUGUUGCAACACUGGGAAAGAUCCGUAACUACAGAGCGAACCAGGCCGUCAUGUACAAGGCCUCCAUGCUGUACAACCGCUUCAAAAACGCCUUCCUGGUGGGGGAGGGCGAGGAGGUGGUGAGUGCCACCUUUCUGCGCUCCCUGCUGGAGGAGAAGGAGAGGGAGGAGGCGCAGAGGGUGGAGCGCUGCAGGGAGAGGCUGAGGAGGACUGACGGAGGGGAGGAAGAGGAGGCGGAGCAGAGAACAGAAGCUCCAGUGGACUCUUCCUGCAGCAGCCUGGGCUGAACCAUCUCUCUGCUGGGGGGUGUGCCCCUGAACCAGCCCCCCACAGUGGACAGCGUUU